AUGGAGAAAAUCAAUAUCUCUUUAUUUUUAAUUUGCUUACUUGUUGGUGUUGCGCACUCUAAAUCAACUAUUGGUCGUAAGCAAGCCGUCGAUUGGUGUAUUGCCAUAGCAAAUACUCCUGCAGACAAGUUGCAAGGAUUUAUAGACUACGCGUGCGGGGUUAUAGAUUGCUCAGCCAUUUUACCAGGUGGUCCUUGUUAUGCUCCCAACAAUUUAUUGGCUCAUACAGAUUACGCUCUGAAUCAAUUCUACAAGAGUAGAGGUACAUGCAAUGCGGACAUCGGCGCGAUCAUAACAAUCGAUCCUUCUUAUGGAAACUGCAAGUUUCCAUGA